ACCACCUACCAGAGCCCACAUCGAGCACUUUACUGCCAUCCUUAAUAUUAUUUUUCAAAAUCUCCAAUGCAUGUGCAUGCAUGUGUGGUGCGCUGAUGGUAACACCAAAACCUAUGGGUUGCGGUGAAUCUUGGUAUGGCGUGCGUGGACAAUAGUUGCCUCGAUCAACAUUGCGCAUGGCCUUCUCCACCUCACCACUCUUAAUUAUGCCAUAGUUUUUUAAUUGACUGAUUAGGUCAUCAUUAUCUCGUCCAUGGGAUCGCCAUUCCAUGCCUGAAUGAUAUUCUUUGCUCUGUUUUUCGCUUUUUAAAACUAAAUUCUCUUUUGUACUAUCUUUGCAGCUCGGGUCAGUUGAAUAACAGUGUUCCGAGGCCUUGGAAACUCCUAACAGCACAGGAAUCAGACGAAGUGUGGACCAGAUUAUUUUAUUUUUUGCAAAACGACCAGAAAGACUUUUCAUACUGCAGUGUUUUGGUGUUUACAUGAACUUCGGUAAGUACCGUGUUGUAUUCGGUCCAUCUUCGUGGGGGUAGAUUUUAAAAUUUCUGCGAGAGUUGAUGAUUAGUUAAAGGAUAUUUUUGUAUCCUUUUGAGAAUUUAUUUCAUCAAAAAUUAUCUUAAAGUAUAUUAUAACAAUACUGAGUUGAUUUGGUAUUGUAUUUUGUGAAGUAGUUUCCUUUUUUAAUUACUUUUUCGGUGGUUUUUCCAGGUAUAUUACUGUCACGUAAUGGUUUAAGUUCGGGUAAAGCCGUUUCAUCUUCGGCACAGAAUAUUUGUGUCUUCGGUCGACAUUUAAUUUAAAUGCAUAACAAACUGGAGCUAACUCUCGAGCUAACUUUAGUUUCUUGUCCAAAUUUCUCAUGUUUACAAGUGGUUUUGCCAGUUUACGGCCACAUUUUAUACUCCGAAUUUGUAGUAGGAAAACAUGUAUUACAAGAAAUAAAAGAAUAUCUUGCAGUAUUAAUAUUAAAAGACCAUUAGGUACCGCAGGAUAUUUGCAAGGGUCGUCUGAAUUUCAUCAUUCUAAGUCUGGGUCAUUUUAUCAAGAUGCACCAAGUUUAGAAAACCAAUUUUUAGGAGAUGUUUUCUUAACGACAUCUCUCAAGCGAAUUUUGCCUUCAGAGGUAGGUAUGCAUUUAUCUGGGUUGGGAGGUGGGGGUAGGGGUGGCACCCCUGACUGGAAAGUUUGGAAAUUGCACGCCGGAGAUUUCGAACAUUUAAUAGUAAAUAUAUAGAAAGCAUCAAAAUUGUGUGGCCGAUAUCUCUGCCGCACGAUACAAACUUUCCACACUGGGUGCAUGGCGUCCAAACCUAUUGUGGUGGUGGCCGGUUGUAUUUGUUUGAAAGCCGGUUAGUCCGACCCUCACCUCACAUGACAUCAUAAAACCUGAGAAUACCAAACACCACACUCUUUCUCCAGAUAGCUGAGGCUUUCCUGUGUAGUAACACUGUCACUGGACCAUUGAGUGAUGGACCUUUUUGGACCUUCAUCUAGCUAAUUAAGAGACUAAUAAUUUAAAUUGAUAUUUUUAACUAAUAUUUUCAGGUGUUCAAUGAUGUAAGCUGUGAUUUGGAAAGAUUUGGCGAGAGGGUCGUUGGUGAAAUAUAUCAACUGGGAUAUAAUGCAGAAUUAAAUCAACCCAAAUUACAACAAUAUGACGCAUGGGGACGACGUGUUGAUGACAUCAUAACUUCGCAUGAGUGGAAACGUCUGAAGGAAAUCUCGGCAGAAGAAGGAUUGAUCGCGAUUGGAUAUGAGAAUAAACAUGAGGAAUGGAGGUGUGCAAAUAAUAUCUGUUACUCUGCAUGAGCAUCGACUUUAGUUGUGAAAUUUGACCUAAAAUUUGCCAUUUUAUUUAGUCGUCUUCACCAGAUUACCAAGCUCUAUCUGUUCAGUCCAUCAUCAGGACUGUAUUCCUGUCCUCUUGCUAUGACAGAUGGCGCUGCGAAAAUAUUGAAGGCAAGUGGCGAACAUUUUGCAAAAUACUGGUGGUGUGAAUUUUAAGACCAUAAUAAAUUUGCAGCUUUAACCAAGAGAUUCUCUCAGAUCACAGUUAAUAUAAAUUGUGCUCAGAUACACUGUACUGAUUAUAAUAUUUCAUAACUUUCUAGGAAGGUGGUUACUCAGAAGAUUUUCUGAAUGAUGCGUACAAACGUUUGACAUCACGAGAUUCCGCAGAUUGCUGGACAUCAGGACAGUGGAUGACUGAACGAAGAGGAGGCUCUGAUGUUG